AUGUCCUCGACCACUGUCUCGUCCAGCUCGUCGGAACGACCCGCCAUCACCAUCAAGUACCAGGACCGUGUCAAGAUCCUCGAUGUUGCCGGGGACUUCAACUCCAAGCUCGUUGCCGUGAGAGAUUUCCAAAAGGGCGAUGUCGUCGCUCCUAUCGAGGGCAUCACCUAUGGCGUCGAGAAGCGCUGGUCCUCUAUCUCCGAAAACGAGCACAUCGAGCUGAACUCGGAGCUCCUCUACAUGAACCACUCCUGCGACCCCUCCGUCCACGUCAACACCUCGGCCAUGCAAGUCGUUGCCCUGAAGGACAUCCGCGCCGGCGACGAUGUGACCUUCUUUUACCCCAGCUCGGAAUGGAGCAUGUCCCAGGCUUUCCCAUGCUGGUGUGGCUCCUCAAAGUGCAUCAAAACCAUCAGCGGAGCCGAGACACUGCACGGCAACCCGUUGUUCAAGGUCGAGGACCAUGUCUUCAACAAGCACAUUCUGGAGCUGAUGGCCAAGCAGGGCUCUGCCUAA